AUGGACGCCCCCACCAUGCAGGGCCAGUGCCUGGUGCUUGCCGGAAGGGACCCUUCCUCCAGGCAUGGACGUGCCCACCAGGCCCCACCAACACCCCGGUCCUGGAGGAUGGCUGCAUGGCGCAGCACCUGCUGGGGCUCCCGGGACCCCAGGGUCCUCCACGAGGUGGCAGAGGCACUGACGCCACCACCCGGAGCCAGGCCAGGGGUCGGGCUCCAAGGCUGGGCGUGGGCUGGGUCCUCCCCGGUCACCCCUGGGAUUCCCAUGUCACAGUCGGCCCCGGAGCCUCGCUGCCGGGCCCAGGAGCUGCCAAGGGUCAGUGAGCUCCACCCACACCGCCGGGCCCCCUGGGACAAGAGGGGUCCCCAGGACAAGAGGAGGUCCCCGGAACAUGAUGGUGCCUCCACAGUGCCACACCCCCUGCAGGCCCACCUGGGGGCCCAGCCCGGGGCCGCAGGGCCUUCUGGGGGGGUCCCGGCCAGCGAGCUGCCUUCCUUUCAGCAGGUCUCAGGCUGCCUUGGCUCCGUGGACCCCCAAGACCCCCUGCCAGCCUCCUCCAGGGUCCCCGCAGGCCCCUGGGAGACAGACGCCCAGUCCAGCACCCAGGCCGCCCCUCCCUGGUCCCUCCUGAGCAUGCGCCUGCCCACAUGCAGCCUCUCCGGGGGGACCGUCCCCUGCCCACCCCAGCCCGUUCCCACCCCUGGAAGAGCUGACCACUGCUCCCCUUCAGACGGGGUAGUCUCCAGCCCCUCUUCCUGCCUCCUGCACCCCUUCCUGUGGGCUCGGGUGGCCUCCUUUGGACCUGGGCUGCCCUGGGAGCACACAGCCCUGGUUAGCCCCCAGUGCCGGGCCCAGGACGUCCAAUGCCCUCCCAUCCAGCACCUGUCCCCCCCGUGUCCUGGCAGAGUCCUGCACCCAGCGACCAUCCCUCAACACAGUGACGAGGCUCUCGGGUGGGAUGCCGAGAAAAUGAAUCAGGACGGCCAGAGGAUUGGCCAGACCGAGGAUGGCCGCAGCAGCCUGGGCCUGGUGGUCACAGAGUCUGGCCCCACAGGGCAGGAGGGGGCCAAGGGGAAGGUGCCGCCCUGUGAGGCCCAGGCCAGGAGCGAGGCCCAGGGGCGGGCUGCCCGGCUGCUGUCCAACGGCAGUGUCCUGGACGGCCCCGUCCUCCUGCACUGCGGGGAAACUGAGGCUCCCAGUCCCCAGCAGGGCCUGCCUGAGCCCCAGCCUGUCCCCAGAGUGAGGCUGCUGGGACGCGAGCAAGAGGUCGGGGCGGAGGGGGACGUCCACCCGCUGGAUGCCCGGGCUUCCCGCCCCCCGCCAGUCCUCUGUCGCCACCUGGUGGCCGCCGCCCGCCUGCGCCCUCCCCGGCAUCGGGGCGAGACCUGGGACCCCCAGCGGAGGCCGGGCCGGGUCACCAGCUCCACCUGGGCGGGGAGGCCCCGGGGUGGGCGCCGGGGGUCACUCGGGGGGCGAGCAGCCAUGGCACAGGCGCGAACGGGGGCCCCUGGGGGGCAGCAGCGUCAGCCAGAGGUAUCGGCACCCAUCAGAGCCCGAGCCCCGUGGCCCAAACCCUCUCCUCCACCCCCGGCUUGGGGCAUCCAGGGGGAGCCAGAGGCCGUGCUCCAUGGAUCCAGGCCAGGGCCUUCCCUGCUGGGAGGUCCCAGGGCCCUGCAGCCGGACGCUGGUCCCAGCCCAGGGGUCAGCAGGAGGCCACCCCAGGAAGUGAGGGAACUCAGGGGGGAGCAGGUGCAGGAGGGAGCUCACCCCCAGCCACCAGCUCUGCCCUCUCCAGUGACCCCCAAGGCAGGCCCACCCCUCAGCCCCAGGUCCACCUACAGCAGUGAUGACGGAGCACUGGCAGCCUCUCCCUCACCCCGUCCUGGUGGACGCAGCAAGGAGAGCCCCGACUGUCCACCUGUGCACGUGCUCCCUGAUGGCGGCAGCUGCCCACCCCCGAGACCACCACAGCCAAGGGCGUCUCAGCAAGAGAAGGCAGGGCCGGGGGCAGGGGCCCACCUCCCCCACUGGACGGAGCCCCCUCCCAACCCCCCCGGAAUGAGCUCCUCGUCCCUCCCCAUCCUCGCCGGGGACAGCUCCGAAAGGGCCGGCGCUGACAGCCCCCAGAUGGUCUCCCCCAAAGGCCUCCAGCAGCCACCAAACCCCCAGACCCUGCAGGAGCAUGUCAUCCCGGGGCGGCUCCGGUCCUUCCACCGUUGA